AUGGCGAUUGCUAAGAUGAUCUCUUGUUCGUCUGUGCCUUCUUCUGGAGCUGAAAAUGCUGAGUUCGAUUGUUCUGAUUUUGAGUUUCUGAUGCAAUAUGGGAUUAACAAUUUUGAUUGGUCUGCUGUGGCUGGUGUUGUUCGAGUCCUGCGUGUUAUAUGUAAAUAUUUGGAGGAGGAGGACUAUGAUGAUGGACUUGUCAAAGUGUACCAUGACUCUGUCAAUUCUUGUCUCCUGAAGAUGCCGUGGGAUUUGUUGGACAAGUGCUGGAGUUGCGAGUUUGGUAACAUGGAUAACAGCUCUUCUAUCAAUGAAGUGCACCUCAAUAAGUUCAUUGUUAUGGAGCCUGUUAUGAAUUUUCUUGGGACUUUUCUUCAGUUUCUAUGCUCUCUGGUUGACCCGAGCAAUUUAGUGGAAACUGAUUGUGUUUCUAUUGAUAAACAUCCACUUUUUGUUACAGUAGUGAAUCUUGUACCUAGACUUGCAAAAUGGUGUCUCAGCAAGCCAGGAAAUACUGCUGAGAGAUGCAUCAUUAAUUACUUGAAUCACAAGCUACUGAUCCUGAUGAUCAGACUUGGGACACUCACAGGUCUAGACUGUAGAGUUCGUUUUUCUUGGAUUGAACUCCUUCAUAACUACUUUCAAGAGCUUUUGCAGAAACCCUUAACUCAAAUUCACUCUGAUCAAAUUGAUUGUCUGGAAGGCUCUCCAUUUUUAUUGAGUUUGUCUGAUGGAGAAGCAUGUCUGACGCAUUCAGAUCACCUACAAAGACAAGCUGUUUACCUCUUACUGGCUUGUUCUUUCAGUUUGAUCAGUCAAAGAGGAGAAAAUGCAAAGCACUGUAAUUGUUCAACUUUGUGCUCCUGUUUAACCACUAACCCAAAUUCACAUCAUGAUCACUUCUGCAUAAAAAAGGGAUUUCUAGAACUUUACAGGUGGACUCAAGCACAUCUUCCAACUGCAAUCUCUAUCAACCAUGAAAACUACUUGGAGAUAUGUAUGAAAUUCAUGUCAUCUUUCCUACAGCUAUAUCUUCGCGAGGAUGAUCUAUUGUUUGAAGUGCUUUUGCUAUUGUUUAGCAUAUCAUCCUGUCUCCAGCAACAGUCUGAACGAAAGGAUCCUGCUUAUCAGAAUAUACAUUAUGAUCACCAAGUGCUUCUUGAUUAUCUCAUUUCAAAAGAUACUGGUAUUAGCUGCGCUAAAUAUCUUCUAAGAUGCUUGCAUUUGAUAUGCAACUCAUGGAAGUUAUUCGUAGAAUUUCCAUUAUUUGGAGAAAUUUUGGAUCAAUCAUUUUGCAAGAGAAGAAAAAUUGUAGGGGAUGAUCUAGAGUUGCUAGCAGAUGGAAUACCUACGACAGUUGACGACAGUGGAAGUACCAUAUUCCAUAUCAAGAAUUAUAAGGAAGACAGGAGAUGUGGGUUCAAGCACUACAAUAUCAAACCAUUCAAGAAAGCUGCAGAAUGUUUACUAUCUUUGAACAAUUCUGUUUAUAAUCUUCAUCAAAAGAAGCUGUUUCCUUAUAAUCCUGAAGUUCUUUUGAAACGGAAAAGGGAUUCCAGGGACUGA